AUGUCGACCGAGACUAGCGCUGCCGCCAUCGCCCCGAGAAAGUCGGGCCGUGCCGUCCAAUCCGUCGCCCGUUUCUCCGUGCCAGUCGUGGCACCGAAGCCGAGAGCCAAGGCCGCCAAGAAAGCCACCGGAACCAAGAUCGCCAAGCAGGCCAAGUCGAAGACGACUAAGCCGAAAGCGAAGAAGGCCGUCGUAGUCGUUGUCACCAAGACCGCCAAGAGCCCGAAGGCGAAGAAGGCCGCCAAGAGCCCGAAGGCCAACAAGACCGCCAAGAGCCCGAAAGCCAAGAAAGCCCCGAAGGCCAAGGUGGAACCUGCCGCCGCUGCUGCAGCUGCCGCCGACGAAUCCGCCGCCGAUGCUUCCACCACCGAUUAA